AUGGCACCUUAUGAGGUGCUAUAUGGCAUAAAGUGUAGGUCCCCUCUGUAUUGGAUAGAAGUUGGAGAGGCAAAGGUACAUGAUGUAGACCUGGUGCAGUACACUGCAGAGAUGGUAUCUUUAAUCAGGGAGCGAUUGAAAACAGCCUUCAGCAAGCAGAAGAGCUACCCAGAUCCUAGGCGAAAAGAUGUAGAAUUUGUAGUGGGUGACUAUAUAUUUCUGAAGGUCUCCCCUAUGAAGGGAGUUAUGAGAUUUGAGAAGAAGGGAAAGCUAGCACCCCAAUAUAUAGGACCUUUUGAGAUCACGGACAGAGUGAGAGCAGUUGCCUAUCGGCUGGAGUUAUCACCAAGCCUUUCAUAUGUCCACCUAAUGUUUCACAUCUCCAUGCUUAGGAAGUAUAUACCUGAUCUUUCCCAUGUGCUACAACCUGAUACAGUGGACUUGAAUGAAAACUUAACCUUCGAGGAGCAGCCAGUAGCUAUAGUGGACUAUAAGAUGAGACAGCUGCAGUCAAAGUAG